GUGUACCUUCCCAUUCUGAUUCAGCCCAAAGUUCACCAGCCCACAGAACCAACAUGCCUGCAGACUUCAAUGGCAAAUGGGAGUUGGAGAGCAGUGAGAACUUUGAGGAUUACAUGAAAGCACUGAACAUCGACUUUGCCACACGCAAAAUUGCAGUGCAGCUGGCCCAGACCAAAGUGAUCAUCCAGGAUGGAGACAAGUUUGAAGUCAAGACGCUGAGCACCUUCAGGAACUAUGAGCUGAUGUUCACUGUGGGGGUGGAGUUUGUGGAGCACACCAAAGGACUGGACAACAGGGUGGUCAAGGCUCUCGUGGUGUGGGAUGGGGAAAAACUAGUGGGUAGCCAGAAGGGGGAAAAGGACAACCGUGGGUGGAAGCACUGGAUCGAAGGAGACAAACUGCACCUGUUCCAGUCUACUUAAUGGGUGGCUCCUCCAUAUGCACCAAUGCGAUAACAGGUCUACUUAGUUCAUUCUCCAUACACCAACAAGAAAAAAGGAGCCUAUGAAAUGUCUCACUUUCUCUAUCAUCUCUGGUAGCAUAUCAAUGGUCCUUUCCUUAAUUUGCACUGAUCUGACCAGGACUAACCUGUUUCUUCAAAGGGAAUGAGAUAAGGCGAGGAAUAUGGAACCCCAAGCUCCUA